AUGGACAAGGACAAAGCUACUCAAAUCGCUGCCAUCUUCUUGGUUCGAUACUACACGGUGCUCUCCAAGAGCCCUGAGAACCUCAAGAACUUCUAUCAUGAUCGUUCAUCCUUCACUCGCAGAUCAAUUGGAAACGACAAGUCGCAAUCAGUUGUUGGUAUUGAUAACAUUCACAACUAUGUGAUGGAACAAGGUUUGCUCGGCAGUCAGGUGUCAAUCAAGACGAUUGAUUGUCAACAAUCAUUGAAUGAUGGUUUGUUCAUCUCGUGCACUGGAAUCCUUCAAAAGGAUGGAGAACAAAGCAACAUCUUCCAUUCAUUCUUCUUGGAGAAAUCACAACCAAGCGAGAGCUCAAAGAAUGGUGAGAGCUUCUACGUCUUGAACGACAUCUUGGUCACUGGCGAGAAGGAGGAGCUUACCCUCACCUCUGAGAACUCUCCAGACGAAGCCACAGAGGAUCAUAUUGGUGAAGCAGAGGAGAUCACAAACCAGAUCACCACUGAGGAACCAAACGGCGAUCAUAUUCAUCAUGUUGAGCAGGAGACAACCUCAACAUCCAAUGAUGUUGUUGUUGUUGCCGCUACUGCAGCAGUCGUAGCGACACCAAAUGGCAACGCAGUCGCAACUGAAGUGGUCAUUGCUGAGCAAACUCAACAGCAGCAGCAUCAUGUGGAGGACAACAAACCAAUCACAAGCAGCGAGACAACAGCUCCUUCAGUGGCAGCUGUCCCAACUACCACUGCUCCCAAUGGUGUGUCCAAGCCUGUCCCUGCAGCCACCACCGCAACCACCUCCACUGCCCCUUCAACCCAACCGGCCACACCAGCCGCACCAAAGUCUUGGGCGGCACUUCUCGCCUCCAACAACAAUAAGCAGCCAGCCGUUGCCAUUCAAUCGACACAGAAUGCAACUACACAGACACAACAACAUCAACAACCACAGCCACAACAGAGCAACAACGCCACCACUUCCACCACCUCCACAACCUCUGCCACACCAGCAAUCAAUCCCAAGGACAGCCACAAGGAGGGCUGUACCAUCUAUGUCAACUACGCCUCCGUCGUCAAACAACCACUGGAGGUGCCACAGCUUCGUAUGGUCUUUGGCCAGUACGGCACGAUCACUCAUCUCCGUGUGCUGCCAACCUACGCCUUUGUCGAGUAUGCCCUGCCCGAUCACGUGCAGAACGUGCUCGCGCACAUUAAGAACGGUGGCGUUUUGGCCAUCAACGAAAAUCCACUCAAGGUUGAGGAGAAGCGCGCCAACAUGGCAGGCGGCAAGCAGUUCAAACACAAGAAGGACAAGCCGCUUGACAACAAGGCAGCAUCGCCAGACAACAGCAAGCCACAAUCAUCACCUCAAACAUCGGCCACGUCAACAGCAGCCGCUGACAACAAACCAAAGCACAAGUCCCAACCAGCAGCGGGAUCUUCAUCAUCAUCGUCGUCCUCAUCGUCCACACAGCAGCAGCCAAGAGGUGGCCCAAGGUCGUCCGAUGGAAAACCAGCAGCAUCAUCAGCAGGAGGAGCUCCAAAGAGACAAGCCAAAUAA